AUGGAGCAGAUGAGAAGCAUGCCAAUCGACCGCAAGUGGAUGUUGAUUGUGCAGCAAAAGUCCAAGACUGAAAUGCAGAAGGUGCAUAUCGCUGCAGCCGGCAGUCGUUUGUCCAGCAACGAUAAUCUGAGUUCAAAGUCGUCGGAGCCCCACGAUCCGCGCAGCUACAUUGAACUCGUGCGUGGACAAACAUCGCCCAUAGAGCUGGCCAAGUGCCUGCAGUCUCUGGAAAUCACCCUCCGAACCGAGCCAAUCAAUUGGGUCAAAGAGUUCAUCAAGUUCAAUGGUUCGGAAGUCUUGUUUGACGUUCUCAAGCGAGUGUCUUCCAAAUCCCAGUUGGCCCCGGGAGAGAAGGACGUCAUGAUCCAGGCAGUGAAGGCCAUCAAAGCCCAGAUGAACAAUGUGUUUGGCCUUCAGUCCACCAUGCGACAUGAUGGUGGUAUAGAUGUCUUUGCUCUUGUUCUCGGCUCGGGGCCGCUGAAGGUCAAGACCCUGAUCCUUGAGAUCCUGGCCGCCGUCUGCUUUGUCCCGCCAAAUGGACACACGCUCGUCCUGAACAGCAUGGCGGUCCUCAAGGAGGACCUCCGCGAGGCAUUUCGGUUCCAGUUCUUGGUGCAGAACCUGGUCAACCAUGAGCUCGAGAACAGCAACGAAGGAGCAGCCUACCUGGAUUACCAAAUCGCCUCCAUUUCGCUGAUCAACUCUCUGGUCAACUCUCCGGACGAAAUCGAGCGACGCCUGUCCCUCCGAGGCGAAUUCUUGUCCCUGGGCAUCUCUCGCACUAUUCAGGAGCUGCACGAUCUCGAAAACGACUCAAUCAACAAGCAGCUGGAAAUCUUUGAGGGCGAGGCCGCCUCGGACUGGGAGCUCCUUGAGGCCGAGCGGCAUCUGGACAGAUUUGACCAAACAAGUUCGGAGGAGCUGUUCCGAGCCCUGAAGCAGAAUCUUGGUGCCAACAAAGAGUGCCAACAGUGGCUGCUGCGAGUCCUACAUCACCUGUUGGUCCUCCCGACCGACGAUCCGCGCGGGCAAAAGUACUGGGAAGUGCUGGACUCGAUCCUGGCGCAAAUCACACUCCACCGAUUUGGCGUGUCGCUCAAGUUCAACCAGCUCAAUAUCGAUAUCGAGCAGAUCAUCAAUGCUCUCGUCCAGCACGACGAGUUCGAAAAGGUCACCCAGAAAGCGGGCGACUGGGAAAACAAGGUCAAAGAAUGGCAGAGCAUGGCGAUCGAGAAGGACAAGUGGGAAAAAAUCUCAAAGGAGCAGGCCCAAACCAUCAGAGACAGAGAACAGGAGCUGAGCAAGAUGAAGGAAGCCAAGAGCAAGGAAGUCGUUGUCGAAGUUCGCGAGAAAACUGUCGAGAAGAUCGUUGUGAAGGAGAUUGAGAAGCCAGUGUCAACCACGUUCGUGCUUGGCAUCGAGCUUGCUCAGAACUUGUCCGCCUUAGGCUCGCUCGAUCUCUCCAAGGCAGCGCUGCCAAAAACUGCUGCACUCUCCGAGGAGGCUCGAAAAGUUCUGCAAGGAUUUGUGGACGAUGCCAUUGCAGCCGCCGCUAAGCAGGCAAAGGCUGUUCCAAACCCUUCAAGGCCACCGCCACCGCCACCGUCUUCGUCAGCCCCGCCGCCUCCAGCAGCACCUCCAGCAGCGCCUCCAGCAGCAUCUCAUGUGACGAGUGGACCGCCCCCUCCCCCGCCUCCGGCUCCGCCUGCGUCUUCAGUGCCGCCUCCGCCUCCACCCCCAGCCCUGGCAGGCGGUGCUCCACCCCCGCCACCGCCACCCCCUGGCGUCGCCGGAGGGCCGCCACCGCCUCCACCACCCGGCAAAGGCGCUCCUCCACCACCUCCCCCGGGCAAAGGCAUGCCCUCGGCCCCAGCACCGUCGCCCUACCCAAACAAGCCCAAGAUCCAGACCAACUGCAAGACCCGCAAUCUCCAGUGGAAAAAGAUCGACGUUGUUCAGGUUGAAAAAACGCUGUGGAAGCGACUUGCCGAGCACCAGGACGAGGAGCAGCGGAUCAGGAAAGAGAUGGUGGACAUAAAGGAGCUCGAGGAGCUCUUUGGCGUUUCAAAGUCAAACGAGCCGUCGACUCCGGGAUCGAGCAAGGCGCUGGGCUCUGCAGAGAACCUCUCGCGCGCAAAGGCCGAAGAAAAUGGCUCAAGCGACGCACUGUCGAGCGCCAAAAAGAAGGGUGGCAUCAUGCUCUUUGACAGCAAGCGAUCCAACAAUAUUGCGAUUAUGCUGGGCCGUGUCAAGAUGAGCUUCAAGGAAAUUCAAGCGGCACUGACGUCAAUGGACGAACAAAGGUUGUCGGAGGAGCUGCUGAAGCAGUUCUUGACGUGUGUGCCGACCACUGAGGACGCAGACGUGCUGGCCGAGUACAUUGGCAAGGACGAGUCACGGGUCGGUGAAUUGGGCAAACCGGAGCAGUUCUUCUGGAGCAUGCUCAAAGUCCCGCGCUACGAACAGCGUCUGAAAGUACUCUACUACAAGUACAAAUUUCUGGAACGAGUGGGAGAUAUUGAUGCUGAAAUCACGGCAAUCAGCCUCGCAUCGCGCAAGCUCCAGUCCAGUGCACUUCUGGCAAAGAUCUUGGAGAUUAUCCUGGCGAUCGGCAACUACAUGAAUGCCGACAAUGCCAAGGGUGGCGCGUACGGUUUCCACAUUGAAUACCUAACCAAGCUUUCCGAUACGAAGGCCGUUGGCUCGACAAAGUCGUUCCUCCAUUUCCUGGUAUUGUUGCUCGAUGCCAAGCUGCCGGAGGCCAAAGGCAUUCUGAAAGACAUGCAGGAGAUCGAUCCUGCGAGCAAAACUGUCCUGGCGACAAUCAACCAGGAGAUGGGAGAGCUCAACAAGGGCUGGUCGCAACUCGAAGCCGAGUCCAAGAUGACCGCCGGCGACGGAGGCGACAAACUGGUGUCGACUGUCAAGGAGUUCUUGGAAAAGAACAAGUCCGUGGUUGAAGGACUCCGAGCCAAGAAAACCGAUAUGGAGACCAGAUUCAAGGCCUGCCUCGAGUAUUUUGGUGAAGACAGCAAAUCAACUCCGGAGAGCCUCUUUGGCACAUUUUUGACGUUCUUGCAGAGUCUCGAGCGUGCGCGCCAGGACAACCAGAAAGAGGCCGAGAUAGCUCAGAAGACCGCGGAGAAAGAAAAGGUUUCAGCUGCCCCGAAAACCACCAAUAUCAAGAACAACAUUCUGGCGGAUGUCGAGCGCAAGGGAGUUAUGGACGAUCUCAUUUCUUCGAUCAAGAGCGGCGAUGCGUACAAGGAGCGCAAGAAGAAGCCCCUUUCCAAGCCACCCGGACCACCACCACCUCUGAAGCCCAACGAGAUGCUUGCCAACUUAAAGCCCGUCCCCCCGAAGUUGCCGUCCAAGACCGUGGGAAACGCGAAGAGCGGUCCGGCGCAGUAGUCCGAGGAAGUCAUCGGCAUGCUAUUGAUGUCUCUGUUGCUUGGUUCAUUCCCGCGAUUAUGUUGCGCAUCGCAUUGACGCCGCGAUCCCACGGGGUCAUGGUCAGCGCGCGGUAUUUUGGGGCAAUACAUUAUUCUGCAAUUGAUCAAAAUAUCGAUUGUAACGCCUUUCUUCCAUGACCUGGGAGUCGGGCGGAUCGGACUGGGUGGGCGUGUGGG